AUGGCCAGAACCAAGCAAACAGCAAGAAAAUCCACUGGUGGUAAAGCCCCAAGAAAACAACUAGCCUCCAAGGCCGCCAGAAAAUCGGCUCCAUCCACCGGUGGUGUCAAGAAGCCUCACAGAUACAAGCCAGGUACCGUUGCCCUAAGAGAAAUCAGAAGAUUCCAAAAAUCCACCGAACUUUUGAUCAGAAAACUGCCCUUCCAAAGACUGGUUCGUGAAAUCGCUCAGGAUUUCAAGACAGACUUGAGAUUCCAAUCGUCCGCCAUCGGUGCCCUUCAGGAAUCCGUCGAAGCCUACUUGGUUUCCCUUUUCGAAGAUACCAAUUUGGCUGCUAUCCACGCCAAACGUGUCACUAUCCAGAAGAAAGACAUCAAAUUGGCCAGAAGAUUGAGAGGCGAAAGAUCUUAG